AUGUCUAGUCCUUGGGGAACACCAAGUUGUCCACGAUGCCAAAAGUCCGUUUAUAUGGCUGAACAGGUAAUCGGGCCCAAUGGACCUUGGCAUAAGGCCUGUUUGACUUGUAUUGACUGUAAGAAACGCUUAGACUCUUAUACUCUGGCAGAGCAUGAGGGAGAGGCUUAUUGCAAGAACUGUCACGGACGUCGAUUCGGUCCAAAAGAAAAACCUGCCUCCAAACUUGGUAUUGAUCCAGCUUCUCCCACAUCACCCAUCGAAAAAUGCGCUUCUCCUCCCACUUCUCCGAGAUCCAUGUCGCCUGCAUAUAGCAUAUUCAGUUCUCGAUCGCAGUCCCCUCGUGGCAAUGCGCGAAGGUGGAGCGCACCAGCAAAUAGCGACAUGUGUCCAAGGUGCAACAAACCGGUGUAUGCUGCAGAGGCUGUGUUGGGUGCAGGAGUGAAGUAUCACAAGUUGUGUUUAAAAUGUAGUAGUUGUAGUAAAUUGUUGGAUUCAACUAACAUGACUGAUCGAGAGAACAAGCUUUAUUGCCGUGGGUGUUAUUCAAAGGAAUUCGGUCCAAAGGGGUACGGAUAUGGUCAAGGUGCGGCAUUCCUCACUACAGAAGGAACAGCCAGGUGA